CUCACAGGCACCAGGCGGCCAGUUACAGAAGCAGCAGGGAGGGGGAAAGCUCACAAGGAUCAUCGGAGGGAAGGGAAAGGGCGAACUCGGGAAGCCUGGGGCGAUGGAGGGAGGAAGAAGAGGCGAUGGCAAGAAGGAGUAGGGCUAGCUCGGGAAGUCAGGGGAGAAGGAGGGAAGAGCGAUGUCAGCAGAUGAGGGAGGGAGUUCUGAAGGGAAUGUGUUAAUUCCCCCAGGGUUCACAGUGAGGAGAAUGGAGCAAGGAAUUCAGGGAGAGGAAGGCCAAGGGUCACAGGGAAGAGGGAGGGGAAGAUACCGAGAGGAGAUGGGAGCAAGUAACCUGGGUGUUGAGAUGGGCAGGGCGGCGGCGGCGAUGGAGAGGGGAUUGCGACUGGAAGAGGAGCGGAGCACCCAAGAGCUUGGGCGGCCAACAGUGGAGACUACUCUCUCACUUGGGCCAACCCAACAGACCAAUCAAGCCCAUAUGGGAAUCCCAGCCCAAAGCCAUAACAUGGCAGGCCUAAGUAUGAGUGCUGAUUAUCAGCACAUUCAUGAUGAAAGGGAGGAUGGAUCGGGCCGCAAACAGAAGAAGAGAAAGGGGAUGGGCCUGGUUGAGGGCUUGUUUGGGGGAGCAAGGCCCAGGGCCGAAUUGGGAGAAGUAGAGGCCUUCCAAUUUGGGCCAGCAUAUGGGAUUGAAGUGGGAGGGCAUGGAGAUGGCACCAAAAAGAAGAAUAUGAAGUUCAAGUCUCUGCAACCUUGCACCUCAAAGGGGAAUCAGAAUGAAAACAAUCAAGAGGGUCGAGGGAAGAAGAAUAAGGCAGCGGUGGUUCGCCAGAAGCCACCUCUUCAAGAAUGAGUAUCAUAAGUUGGAAUUGUAGGGGUUUUGGCCCAACCCUUACAAGAAGUUAUGCGAAACGUCUCUGUAGACGUUUAGGCCCUUCGAUUGUCUUCCUCAUGGAAACAAGCAAAAAUGAAUCAUUCAUGGAGGAGCAAAGAAGAAGUCUCAAAGUUUUCCCCAAUAAAGAGUAUGUGGAACC